AUGAGGAGCUUCGUAGGCUUCUCGCUGGCGGCGCUGGCGUCAGCCUCGCCGGUCUUGCUCGACCAGAGCAUCCACAGGGAUGCGGCGCCUAUCUUGUCAGCUACCAAUGCAAAGGAGAUCGCCGACAACUACAUCAUCAAGUUCAAGAGCCAUGUGACGGAGAAGCACGCCGCUUCCCACCACAGCUGGGUGCAGAGCAUCCACGAUGAUGUACAAGUCCGCAAGACUGAGCUCCGAAAGCGAUCUCAGACUCCCAUGGUCGAUGAUAUCUUCAGUGGCCUCAAGCACACCUACAACAUCGCUGGCAGCUUGAUGGGCUACUCUGGUCAUUUCGAUGAGGACGUGAUUGAGCAGAUCCGUAGACACCCUGACGUCGAAAUAAUUGAGAGAGACCAAGAAGUCCACACUCUUGGUGAUUCAGACGCCGAGAUCGAGAAGAACGCGCCAUGGGGUUUGGCUCGUAUCUCCCAUCGCGAUAGCCUUUCCUUCGGCAACUUCAACAAGUACCUGUACUCCGCCGACGGUGGUGAGGGCGUUGAUGUCUACGUUAUUGACACUGGCACCAACGUUGACCACGUCGAUUUCGAAGGCCGUGCAUCGUGGGGCAAGACUAUCCCACAAGGCGAUGAGGACGAGGACGGCAAUGGACACGGCACUCACUGCUCCGGCACAGUUGCUGGCAAGAAGUACGGUGUUGCGAAGAAGGCUCACGUCAAGGCCGUCAAGGUUUUGCGCUCCAACGGCUCUGGCUCCAUGUCUGAUGUUGUCAAGGGUGUCGAGUACGCCGCUGUCCAGCACACCGAGCAGGUUUCGAUCGCCAAGAAGGGCAAGCGCAAGGGUUUCAAGGGCUCUGCCGCCAACAUGUCGCUUGGCGGUGGCAAGUCUGAUAUCCUGGACCAAGCUGUGAAUGCCGCUGUUGACGCUGGUAUUCACUUCGCCGUCGCCGCUGGCAACGACAAUGCCGACUCCUGCAGGUACUCUCCCGCGGCUGCUGAGAAGGCCGUCACUGUUGGUGCCUCCACUCUGGCUGAUGAGCGUGCUUACUUCUCCAACUUCGGCAAGUGCAACGACAUCUUUGCUCCGGGUCUUAACAUCCAGUCCACCUGGAUCGGCAGCAAGUACGCCAUCAACACCAUCUCUGGUACAUCCAUGGCUUCUCCUCACAUCGCUGGUCUCCUCGCCUACCUGCUGUCCCUGCAGCCGUCCAAGGACUCCGCCUAUGCUGUCGCUGAGAUUACGCCCAAGAAGCUCAAGUCUCACCUCAUCGAAAUCGGUACCGUUGGCGCGCUUACUGACGUCCCAUCAAGCACCAAGAACGUCCUCGCCUGGAACGGUGGUGGAAAGAGCAACUUCAGCUCUAUCGUCCAGGAGGGUGGCUACGAAGUCACCGAGCGCAAGGAGAGCACUGUCUCCAUCGACUUCGGCAUGAUUGAGGAGGAGACGAAGCACGAGGCGGCCAAGUUUCGCGUUAAGCUCAACAAGAUCGGCGGCGAGGUCAAGGACUUGGUGUCUGAGGAGCUCAGGGACUUCUUCCGCACUCUUGAGCAGGAGUAA